AUGCGAAAGGCCUGACAAGUGAUUGCUGAUGCUGUUUCGCGCGGCGCAGUGGUCAUAAGAAGUGGCUGGCUAGUUUCAUUUAGCUAAUAUCUACGUCCUUAAACUUACUAUCAUGGAUGAUGAUAUUAAACUGGAGUCUGAGGAACAAGAGGAAACAACGCCGAUCACUGAAGUCGAAAAUGAACCGCCGCAAGAAAACGCGAAUGGCGAGAAAACUGAAUCUGAGGAAGCCCCAAACGAGAAGUCCGAGCUGAAAGAAAAAUCAUCUGGCAACAGGAGAUCCAAUCGGUUUCAGCCUUACUCCAAGGACAAGCAUGCUGGCACUGGAGACAAGAAGGGUGUCCACAGAAACAGAGUGUUCAUUAGCAAUAUCCCAUAUGACAUGAAGUGGCAGGCAAUUAAAGAUCUUAUGAGAGAGAAAGUUGGUGAGGUUACAUACGUGGAGCUCUUUAAGGAUGCAGAAGGAAAGUCAAGGGGUUGUGGUGUUGUUGAAUUCAAAGAUGAAGAAUUUGUGAAGAAGGCAAUCGAAGUUAUGAACAAGCAUGAUCUAAAUGGCAGACCCCUUAACAUCAAGGAGGACCCUGAUGGCGAGCAUGCUCGUAGAGUGCUGCAGCGUACUGGUGGAAUGUACCCAGGGGGCCGUGGCCAGGAUGGCGGUCCGGGUGGGAUGAAUCUGCCACCUUCAAUCGCCAAUAACCCCAAUAUCCCUCCCGAAGUCAUCAACUCCCUACAAGCUGGGAGACUCGGCUCAACUGUGUUCGUUGCCAAUCUGGAUUUUAAAGUUGGCUGGAAGAAGCUGAAGGAGGUCUUCAGCAUGGCUGGAAAUGUCAAACGGGCUGACGUGAAGGAAGACAAAGACGGCAAGAGCCGGGGAAUGGGCACCGUCACCUUUGAGCAAGCGCUAGAGGCAGUGCAGGCCAUAUCUAUGUUCAAUGGGCAGAUGUUAUUUGACAGGCCCAUGCAUGUAAAGAUGGAUGACAAGUCACUUCCCUCAGAUGAUUUUCGCCCAGUUGAGAAGUCGCCACAGUUGCCAAGGGGUCUAGGUGGAAUUGGGAUGGGCCUUGGUCCUGGAGGCCAGCCAAUCAAUGCAAACCGACUGAGUGGAGGUGGAGGCAUGGCAAACAUGGGUCCUGGAGGUAUGGAUGGUCCUGGGUAUGGUGGAAUGGGGCGAAUGGGAGGAAUGGGCAGUGGGGGAUAUGGUGGAAUGGAUGGCAUGGGUAACAUGGCCGGGUAUGGGGGCAGAGACAUGGGACCCAUGGGAAGAAUUGGAGACAUGUAUCGCUCAGGAAUGGGUGGCAUGGACAGAGACUUUGGAAGAAAUGACAUGUCUAUGACCCGAGGCUUUGGGGAUUCAUUUGGAGGAAUGGGAGGUGGAUUGGGAGGCUUUGGCGGAGGAAUGGGUAAUGCUGGCAUGGGUCCAAUGGGGUCUGGAUUAGGAGGUGGGAUGGGGAACAUGGGCAUGGAUCGCAUGAGCUCAAAUUUUGACCGGAUGAGCGGUGGCAUGGACAUGAACCGAGGCUUCGGAGGCUAUGGAGGUGGCUCAGGCUACAUGGGCGGUGGAGGAAUGUCAGACAGAGGUUCGGGGUCAAAGGCGGGCUGCCAAAUCUUCGUACGAAAUCUUUCCUAUGAUCUUACCUGGCAGAAGCUCAAGGAGAAAUUCAGUCAUUGUGGUCAAGUGAUGUUCGCAGAAAUAAAAAUGGAGAAUGGGAAAUCCAAAGGGUGCGGAACAGUCCGCUUCGAUUCUCCGGAGAGCGCCGAGCAGGCGUGCCGGAUGAUGAAUGGCACCAAAAUCAACGGGAGGGAAGUGGACGUCCGCAUCGAUCGAAAUGCCUGAAGCCCUGCGGCGACGUUCGCACCCACCUCCCACCGGUUUUUGUUUUGUUUUAAAAACACUUUGCCCUGGAAGUCCUUUACUGCUAUCCCACAAAUU